UUAUAUUUGAAUUUGCACACUGAAAAAACGUUUGACAUCACUUUCUGCCUUUAGCACUUUAAAACAGGCAAUCAGUAGAUUCUGCUGAGUAGAGAUUACCGACACCUGUGUAUAAGAAGGAAGGCUUGAAUUAACUUUUCAACUGGUUUAUUCUGAACUUGGCUUGAGACAAGAAAUGGAAGGAUAACAAGUGAUUAAAACUACUAUUACUAGGUACAAGUCUACGUAUUAGUCUAGUGGAGUUUUACAGAGGUGGAACAUGUCCCAGCUCCUGCAGGCUGCUGCUCUGUGGAUCUACCUGCUCCUGCCCUCGCUGCUCUGUGCAAACAUGCGCUGCUACUACAGCCCCAUCCUGGAGAAGGGGGAUAAAUUUGAUCUCAUCGUGUCAGAGUGCCGUCCUGAUGAGAUAUGCUUUAAGGCAGACGGUCGAUAUGGAAACUACAGCGCCCUGUCUGCCAGGGGCUGCAUGGCAAAGAAAGGCUGCAGCCGGGUGCACAAGAUCCGCAUCAGAGGAACCUUCUACACCAUGAGCUACGGCUGCUGCGAUUCACCGUACUGCAACUCCUGCCCAGGGGUCUUCGCCAAACCCCUCGUCAUCACACUUACACUAUUGACUGUAGCUGUGAUGGCCGGCAUCUUGUGAAGACACCUCAUGUGCUAUGUGAUGGGGUAAUUUUAAGGGGGAGGGGAGGAGAGAGAAUGUUUUUGUGGUUCAGUGCCCAGAGGCAUUUCUGCAGCCUCAGCAUGGAGUAAUGCAGAGGCUGUGUAUGGUGAACGCCCAGAAGACACUGAGGUGUGCACCAUAGUGAUGCCAGAGAUUUUAACAUUUUAUUUUGAAUAUCAUGGUGACCAAAACCUGUUUUCAUAAUGUUUUAAUGUCCUUUAAAUAAAUAUUUGAAUAUUAAAUUAUAGAUAUAUUUUUUUGUAAACUUU